GCCCUUGGUGCAACGAAUUUGUUGUAUUAUCCUUAAUCCAGGAUGUACAUGUAACUAACAAUGCCGCAUGCAAAAGUGUUGUAAAUGCUGUGAAUGGAAUCAUUCCACAUGAACGUCUUGAAUGAUCUAGGAAAGAUGAAGUUGAUGAUGAAGUCGGUUAGAGCUUCCAAGGAAGUGCCACCUGAAGAUUCUGCUGAGUACAAGUACCACAAUCAGGACGGAAUUGAAUGGCAUUUUUUGUUUUGUUUCCACCUAGAAUGAGAUCAUGUUGUGUCAAGUCAUUCUGUCUCUCUUUAUAUCCUGUUUUGUUGAGGGACACGCCAAAUCUGAUUCCGUGCUCUAUGCCGUUGAAGAUCAUGCUGAGGGAUAUUGUCCUAGUUUUUACGACCAAUGGUGCUCAAAUCGGAGUCAUUUGAUCAACAACAAGACGUCGGUAUUCACUUUCCAGUCGACCGGGCGUUUAGGCAACCAAAUGCUGAGCUAUGUGAUGGCCAUGGCCAUGUCCGAUCGGGCUGGAUUCAUUUCGUUCUUGCCCUCGCAUGUAUUGAACAGGUUGUCCUAUUUCUUCGAGGACAUUGACACAACCAAGUCAGUGAGACCCCUGGAAUCGUUUUGUUAUUCAUCCAUUGAUUGGAUGUCCUUCCAUGGAAGUUUCGUACGUUUCAUGGAGGAUCCGGAAAUGCAAGUGGAUCACGCCAUAGAGAUACAUAAAACACUCCGUCUCUUGGGGAAUAACCUGAUUCAAAAUAUGCGCUGGGACGUCAUCUUUGAUGAGCCGAAUCUUUUGGCGAAGGUGCGACAUCAGUUUACCAUGCGGUCGGUUUUUGUUCAUCAGGCACAGCAGAGACUGCUGUCUUUAAAAGAGGCCUAUUACCAACGACAGAAAAAGAUGUUGAAGAAACAACGCCGAUUUCCAUUGCAAUUUGUGGGUGUUCACGUCAGGCGAACGGAUGGUCCGGUGGGUAUUGUGAAAGCCUACAAGUUACCCGAACUGGACCCCUCCUAUUACCUGAGAGCCAUCGAUGCCUACAUGACCAAGUACAAGAAUGUUUUAUUUGUGAUGGUGUCGGAUGACAUCGAAUGGGUCAAGCAGAUGAUCAUCAAAAGACUACCCAAGGCUCCUCUGUUUGUGGGUGGGUCUGGCAUUCCGGAUGAUGAUGACGAGAUCGGGUUGGACUUUGCCCUGUUGACUCAAUGUAACCACAGUAUCACAUCCUACGGGACAUUUUCAUAUUGGUCCAGCUUCUUAACGAAUGGAAGCUCAUUGUUCCCAUCAAUGGUUUUCACUGCUAACAGCAAAUCCAAUCCACUCGAUUCGCCGUGGCCAAUUUGGGCCAUGCCUGAUUCUGGUCUUAAAUAUUAGUCCGACGGAUGUUUCAUUGCAUCACCACUCACAUUCAUGAUCAAUUGGUCGAACAUGACCAAGCAACUUUGAGAUUUGCUUCGAUGUCUAGCCUCACGGGUCUGUUUGAUUUCUCAUUGCUGACUAGGAACGAUCUGCAAUGGACUUCGAUUUUAUGGACUACCGAUUUUCAAGAAUUUCAGGUCCUGAGAGUCUAACGCUAUCAAUGGUUGAUGAAGUCGAAUGGAACCAGCGAAUAAUAAGCAUACGAUUAAUGUAGCGUGUUCAUUAGAAAAUGUAUCAGACUUAACAUUAAAUAUCACAGAUAACAGCAGUAUUUUCGGUAUUAUAUCAGUUCAUAUCUAUGAUUCCUUCCUCAGGUUCGUUCUGGGAGGGUUGUGGUUGGUUGGUUGGUUGGUUGGUUGGUUUGGAUGGGCUGGCUCUUCUGAAUUUAAGCUUCGCCAGAGGUAGAUCCAGAUUUGUUCCUGUAUCGUUUUAGAAUGGGAUUUGACCACUUGAUGAAUCUUUGAUUCGGAGUGGUGGCAUUAUUGGUUGACAGGUUGAACAAGCUGAUAUUGUUCGGCGUGGAACUCUGACGUGCGAAACCUCG